AUGAUUCUGCAACGCCUAACCGCCCCCAACGAGGUAGAAAACAGUGAAGUACCCAAUAAUAACUCCCGUAGGAUUGACAACGACGCUGAGCUUAGUCAAAUAGGGGGUCAACAGAGAAGCCAUUACCAUCGAUUUCUUGAACAGAAUACCACCGGGCUCCGUGGAGAUACCUCUGGUUAUGUUGGCGACAAGACUGAGGACGUCACUCAUUUCGAUCUACAGAUGCAAGAUAUGAGAGCUAGGGUUGAAGACGUCAUGCAAGCGAUGAAAGUGAAAGGCCAGGCCGCAGUGAAUGAUCUGGUACAGAAGACCAACCUAACAUUUAGCCUAGCUGUUAUGAGUUGUCCUCUACCUAGCAAAUUCAAGAUGCCAACUCUUGAGAGCAUCGAUGGGACGCAGGACCCUCUCGAUCAUUUGGAGAUUUACAAAGCUCUUAUGUAUUUGCAAGCCGUACCGGACGAGAUUAUAUGCAGGGCUUUCCCUACCACACUAAAGGGACACUUCAUCGCUGGGCAGAGGCACAGGAGACCAGCAACACACUUAUUGAAUGUGAAGCAGCAGAAGGAAGAGCCUCGUUGUGAUUACAUAAGUCGUUUUAACACUGAAAUGCUACAGGUGGACGACAAGGUUGCCCUCACAGCUUUUAUGGGAGGACUACAGACCUCUAAGUUCCUAUUCUCCUCGUCAAAAGAAGCCCCUACGAGUAUGGCAGAGUUGAUGGUUAGAGCGCGGAAGCACAUGAACGCUGAGGAUAUUAUGAAUGCACGAAAAAACAAAGAUGGUGAAGAUAAGAGGUCAAAUAAAAAGAGGCCAGCACCUAGCACCAGGGAGGAAAAUGAAUCAAAGUACAAGAAAUUCUCAGGCAGCCAGGCUGACAGACCGUCUCGUCGUCCGGUCUUUCUGCAGAUUCAAGAUGACUCACCAUUGAAAUGGCCGCCAAAGUUAAAAGCUGAUCCAACAAAGAGGUCUCGACGUAAAUACUGUAGGUUCUACUGGGACUAUAGACAUAACACAGAAGAUUGUUUCGACCUCAAAAACCAGAUCAAAAACCUUCUUCGCAAGGGUCAUUUACGCAGAUUCAUGACUAAGAAUGGAAGAAGAGAGGUGAAUGAAGUUAGAGUGACAAUUCUUCCAACAAAAUUACUGCGAGUUGAGAAACCGGACAUAUUUUCUGAAGAAGGUGACAAGCGAAUUCACCAGGCCCAUAAUGAUCCUUUGGUAUUUUCCAUGGUCGUCUCUAAUUUCACUGUUCAACGAAUACUUAUUGACAAUGGCAGCUCAGCUGACAUAUUAUUCAUUGAGGUGUUCGACAAAUUGAAAAAUUAG